ACCGAGCACCGAGCUGUGCGGCUGGAUGCUAGCUGGCUGCUAACGGUCUGUCAGCUCUCACACGUCGGGUUCAAGGGGGGGAAGCGCCGCGGUGGAGAAGAAGGGCGACCCGAGCGCCGCUACGAAAUGGCCGGACAACAGUUCCAGUACGAUGACAGCGGCAACACCUUUUUCUAUUUCCUCACGUCCUUCGUCGGACUCAUUGUGAUCCCGGCCACUUAUUACCUCUGGCCCCGGGAUCAGAAUGCUGAGCAACUUCGCCUGAAGAGCCUGCGGAGGGUCCACGGCAGGUGUCUGUGGUACCGGCUCAGGCUAAUGAAGUCCCAGCAGAGCAUUGUUCCAACAUUAAAGAAAGCUGCUUUGUUGUUUGGGUGGGCCGUGUUCCUCCUGCUGGCCUACAAGGUGUCCAAGCUGGACAGAGAGUAUCAGGAGUAUAAUCCUUUUGAAGUCCUCAACCUGGACCCGGGUGCGUCGCCGUCAGAAAUCAAGAAGCAAUACCGUGUAUUGUCACUCAAGUACCAUCCUGACAAAGGUGGCGAUGAGGCCGCAUUCAUGAGGAUUGCCAAAGCCUAUGCUGCCCUGACCAACGAACAGUCUCGACAGAACUGGGAAACGUACGGGAACCCGGACGGCCCCGGAGCGACCAGCUUUGGCAUCGCUCUGCCUGCCUGGAUUGUCGACCAGAAGAACUCCAUGCUGGUACUGCUGGUGUAUGGACUUGCCUUCAUGGUCAUCCUGCCUGUGGUUGUGGGCACAUGGUGGUACCGCUCAAUCCGAUACAGUGGAGACCAAAUCCUCAUCAACACCACUCAACUCUUCAUGCAUUUUAUGUACAAGACGCCAAACAUGAACAUGAAACGGUUAGCCAUGGUGUUGACGGCGGCGUUUGAGUUCGACCCUCGCAGCAAUAAAGAAGCCACCAUAAGACCCACAGACAACAUCGAAGUGCCACAGUUGAUCCGUGAGCUUGGAAAUAUUAAUGUGAAGAAGAAGGAGCCUCCUUUCUGCUAUCCGUACAGUCUGAAGGCCAGAGUCUUGGUGCUCGCACACUUGGCCCGCAUGGACGUGUCUGAGGAGUUAGAGGAAGAUCAGAGGUUUGUGGUGAGGAAGAGUCCAGCUCUGCUGCAGGAGAUGAUCAACGUGGGCUGCCAGCUCACCAUGAUGGCGAACAGCAGAGGAGGUUUCCGCGCCCCUCGACUGGUAACCAUCGAGAACUGUAUGAAGCUGACCCAGAUGACGGUUCAGGGCCUGCAGGAGUCCAAGUCUCCACUGCUGCAGCUGCCUCAUUUCGAGGAGGAGCACCUCCGCUACUGCAUUUCUAAGAAGUAUAAGGUGCGGAGCCUUCAGGACCUGGUGAGUCUGAAGGACUCAGACCGGCGCAGCAUGCUGCGGUUCCUCGGGGAGGAGAAGUAUGACGAGGUCAUGGCGGUGCUGGGAAGCUUCCCUCACCUCACCAUGGAUACCAAACUGCAGGUCCUCGACGAUGAAGACAGCAACAACAUCACAGCAGGUUCAAUCGUCACAGUAACUGUCACUCUGACAAGGAAGCGAAUGUCGGACAUGUUUGAAAAAGAGCAGGACUCAACGUCAUGUCCGGGAGAAGAAGCAUCUACAGAGGAAGCACAGGCAGAUGCGAGUAAAACCAAAACCAAAGUGUGGCAGAACAAAAAUAAAGGGGCCAAGAAGGCGGCGAAAUCCAAGAAGAAAAAACUAACCAAGAAGAAAGCCACUCCGGCUCCUGUCAAAGCCAAGCAGGCCAACGGGAACGUGGCCGGAAACGAAGUCGCCGUGGCUCCGUCGGCGGCGGCGGCCACAAAGGAGGACGACGACGACGCGUCGGACAAAGGCAGCGAGUCGGACGAGGGCGAGGCCAACAAGGACUCCCCCAGCGAGAGAGACGAAGACAGCGACAAGCAGAGCGACACGGAGGUCGACGAGAUGGCCGGCGACGACGAGGAGGAAUGGGAGGCGUUGCAACAGAGCAUCCAGCGGCGAGAGCGGGCGCUGCUGGAAACCAAGUCCAAGGUGACGCAUCCCGUCUACAGCCUUUACUUCCCCGAGGAGAAGCAGGAGUGGUGGUGGCUGUACAUCGCCGACCGCCGGGAGCAGACCCUCGUGUCCAUGCCCUAUCACGUCUGCACGCUAAAAGACACAGAAGAGGUGGAGCUGAAGUUUCCGGCGCCCCCCAAAACGGGCAACUACCAGUACUCCGUCAUCCUCCGUUCGGACUCCUACCUGGGCCUGGACCAGAUCAAACCACUCAAGCUGGAGGUCCACGAGGCCAAGGCCAUGCUGGACAACCACCCGCAGUGGGACAUCCCCGACACGGAGGAGGAGGACGAGGAGCAGGAGGACAGCGACGGCAUCGAGGAGAGCGAGGACGACGACGAGGACAACGACUGAACCAACACAGCCCAGCGGAGGCCCGCUGCUCUCUGCACCCCCCCCUCACCCCGUCUCUCCCCCACCCCCCCACCCCACCCUUUCCACGGACCGGCCGCCUCUCCACUCCCGACAGCCCGAGAGCUGCAAGCGAGGAUCAACACACACACACACACACACACACUCACUCACCAGGGACGGUUUCUACACACAACCCUUCUCCAUUUUACCUUUACAAUAUCAUUUACUGUGACCAUGACCCCCCCCCCCCUCUUCUUCUACACCCUCUCCCCUUUUCUACAGAGACCUUUUCGCUCACUUUCUGCUGCUGGCGGAAGAGAAUUCUGUGAAUACUAACAGGCCCGUGUGUGUAUGUGUGUGUGUGUGUGUGAGAGAGAGAGAGUGUGUGUGUGUGUGUGUGUGUGUGUGUGUCUGGUGUGUAACCUUGUGUGUCUUUGUACAGGUGUGAAAGGUGCACACACAGUGGACUGGAGGACCUAUGAUUAUGAUUAUUACUACUACUACUACUCUGUGGGCUCUUUUCUUCUUUCGUCGGGGGGGAGGGGAGAGCGGGGGGGGGGUGUAACGGCUAAUCCCAGCUGCAAAAUUAACAAACACACGUGACUUCACUCGUCACGCCGGUUUUUUUUUUUUUUUUUAAAAGAGAAUCACUCGGCACCAAUGUUUUCCACACCAAUGAUACUUUCUAUUGUACACUUAAACUGCAGAAAUGUGAGCUUUACUCUCCUCUCUGUUGAGGGAAAAAAAAAAAAACCCUUCGGACGUUUACUUCUUUCAGCGUUCGGAGGCACAGUUUCUCGUCAGAUGGUAUUUUGUUUUUUCCUCUUUCCCCCCCCCCCCCCCCUCUUCUCACUGUACAUUGUAGGCAGAACACUGAUCUCCUGCCUCUCCAUCCACCUCGAUUCGUGCUUACCCGAAGAGGCAGUGGAUCCUAGAAUGAAUUGUAACCUUCAAGUAUGACUGGGAAGAGAUGGCAAAACCCCGCAGUGUUACGGUUUGUUUGAAAUCAGGAUAAUUUCUCCAUAUUCUCCAUGACAGUUGUGACUUUUUCGGUCCUUUUUAAGAGGCUCAGAUGUAUAGAUACUCAUAGCUCCUGGCUUUUUUUUGUUUUUGUUUUUUUUUUUUUUAGAGAAGUGACUUCCACCCGGUUUUUUUCUUGACACUACUGUAGCACAUUCCAGUGUACGCUCAUCGUCCAAUAAAAGGCCUUAUGAAUACAACUGACACACUGCAACAUAGAAAAAAAAACAACCUUGGGUGCCAUGCACCGCUGGAUCCUGGGAGAGCUGAAAAGUUUUUUUUUUUUUUGAGUUAAAAUCUGCGAUUUCUUGACUUCAGAUUAGCUUGUGUUUGUUUGUUUUUGUUUCUUUCCUCACUAUAUUAACCCAUACCUCCUCUGUUGUGGGAUACAUAUCUCUCAUCUGGCCUCUUUAACGCAUAGCUGGCAGUUAUUGGUGAAAGCGGUGUGAGUACGGAGUCCUCGACACGCGGCACUCAUCGUCUGAUAAACCUCUUUCGAACAAAACAAAAAAACCUUUUGAGUCUCUUGCCGGCGUGAGGCUGUAUUUUCGUCCAGCACCUUCUUCUCUUCGUGCAUUGGAGCAGAGCAGGUUGAACUUGGUGAUUACUGCCAUUCGAAACGGGAUUUUUUUUUUUCUUUUCUUGCUAAACAAAAUGUCCUUUUCCACUUAAAUUUAGUUUCUUUUCUGUCUACGCUGUAGUUUAUAACUAAUGUUACACAUAAGUCUUUUGUCUUGUUUUGCUGCAUUCUAACCUUGAUUUUUUACGUGUUAGACUGGAAAGAAAACCGUCUGUGUCGAUAACUUUGCAGUUUGAGUUUUUGAAAGAAAUGCAUUAUCCUUCACCAUCCAUAAGACUUUUCUUUUUUCAUUUUCUUUAAAUAUACAGUAUAUCCUAGUUUGACGCGUCGGUGUGGGAGAGAGAGGAGUUUGAGAACUCGCAACAUGCUCUCUCCUCACACACACUUGGUAUACCCUUAACUGUGUUCAGAGCAGGUGUGUGCGGACAGGUCUUAUUGUAUUCUGAGUAUUUAUCGCUCUGCAAUAGAAUGUAGCAUCAGCAGUUAAUGCUGUGUGGAAAAAAAAAAAAAAAAAAGACAAACAAAGAGACUGCAGUGAGGUUUAAAUACGACACCAUCUUCUCUC